AUGAGCAAUGUGAUCGAACAAUUGAAAAAUAUGAUUGAAAAUGGAGAUGUGGAUGGAAAUCAAAUUUGUCAAGAAUAUUCUUCGAAUCCUUUACGACCAUUGCUAGAUGAUAUUUUGAAUGAAAGAAAAAAUAUUUCGCGUAAGUCCGAAGGAAUCUUGAAUUUUUAGAAAGUAAAUUAUCUUUCUAGAACCUUCCAGAGGGUACCCUAAACAUUCAGAAAUAAAAAAAAACAAAAAAUAAAUUCAAAAUUCAGGAAGACAACUGAACAUUGGAGCAAAUCAUCUAGAAAUGGAAGAAGGAUCUGCAGAAAUAGAGCGAAUUCUGGUGAGUUACGCUGUGUAGCAAAAAAUGAGUGGGUUCAGGAUUACAACUAGAGAAAAAAAGUGAUAUCAUGUGAUGAUAUUCAAAUUUCGGCUAAUUUGAUUUUUCCCAGAGACAACUCACAUUUCCCAAAUUCCCAGUGGCCGUAAUUAACGAACAGCAACACGAAAAUGAUGGAGAUUUAGAGAGACAAUAUUAUGAGGAUAUAGCGAAAAUAAAAACAGAGUUGGAAAACAAAGAAUGCGGCUUGAGACAAGUUGGUUUUGAAACAUUUCAGAUUCAGCUGCAAAUCAGCUCAGCUCAUAUUCGGCUCAAAAAAAAGCAGCUGAAAAUCAAGCUAUACACAAAAAUAUAUCUAUAAUUUUAAAGGAUCAUCAGCGAGCUUUGGCGCAAAUACAUUUGGUUUUACAAGGGCAGAAGAACUAUAGGCCGAUUGAUGAAAGAGUAGGUGUACCUUGGAAAACUAAUAAAAAAUACAUUAUCGUUAAAUCUUAUGGGCUUUUUCUUUUAUUUUUUCUUGGAACCUAUUUCUCAUCUGUUUCAGCAGGUGAUUUGAAAUGGAAUUUUAGAAGUAUGUAGUUGAGUGUGAAGCCUGGGUAGCUGAGAAGUUCAAAAAUCUUUCUUAAAUCUCGUGAAGCUUUCUGAAGCCUUCUGAAGCUCUCCAAAACCCUACGAAAAAUACAUAAUCGUAAAAUCUAAUGGUUAUUUCUUAUUUCAUUUUUCUUGGAACCAGGUGAUUCAAAAGAGCAUAAAAAUGUAGUAACCUUUUCAGAACUACAUAAAAAUCACAUAAAAAAAGCACUUUUCCAUUUUUUUUUCAUGUUUCAGAAAAAAAAAUGAAAAUCUACUAAAGUGCAUUUCAAUGAUGUAACCUUGACUCAGCUGGGCUAAUUGAUUGUAAUCAUAACACAACAUCAUCAUUAUCAUUUAUUUUGACAUUACUAUAAUUUAGCCCACUCAAAAAAGUCAGCUCAAAAGAUGAUGAUGAACUUUUCCAAGGAAAAGAAGAAGAAGAGGAAGACUCAUCGUUCCAAAAAUAACAAUAUUCACCAUUUUCAAAAUAGAUUAUCCCAGUUUAACAUUUGUAGUAUGAAAUUCCGGGGAUUGAACUUCAAAAGAUCUUUGACAAUUUUGCUCUGAUUUCAGGAUAUGAUUAAUGCUCAAGAUGGGAUAAAUCGACGGUUUGAGAAAACGAGACAAACUGUUAGGGGUGAAGCUGCGACGAAGAUUUUGAUGCUUAGACGAGAUAUUGAGCAAAUGUGGUAUGAAUAUGGGUUUAGAAGCUCUUUAGGCGCGGCUACUUGACAUCAAGGAGCGGGUGCUUGACGAUUAGGCUCUCUAGGAAUGGCUGCUUGACAGCUUCACUGACUAGACUGCCUCAAACCAAAUAUUUUCAGCCGAAAGCGCAAAAAUUUCGACAAACAAACGACUGAAAUUCUCCAAAGAUGGUUCAACGAACACAUCUCACACCCAUAUCCAACAGACAAAGAAAAAGAAGAUUUGGCAAAACAAUGCGGAAUCAAAUUAUCGCAAGUAAGCUAGCUAAUGAAUGAAAAAAAACGUGAAAUUUUGGAAAAUUUCAAAAAAAGUGCAUAGCAAUUAUACCUCAAAAAUGUCAUGACCUUUUUUAUUUUGCGGUGUUGUUCAAAAAGCUACUCUUUCUCUAAUAACAGAUGAUUAUUAUCAAACUAGAAAUUAUAUAUUAUUUUGUUGUUAUUGAAAAUGCAUAAGUAGCCAAAAAACAAAAAUCGGCUAAUAUGAUGUUAGAGAAUAGAGUACAUUGAGAUUUGAUAACUAGACUCUUUUUUCCCAGGUGAAUAAUUGGUUUGGCAAUCAACGAAUUCGGACAAAGAAUCAGCAUAAGAAGGAUGAACCUUCAACUUCUAAUUCAGAUUUGACAGUUUAUGCGAAUCCAUUCACUAACUUUGCACCACCUCAGGUAAGCCUUUGUCUUCUGAAGCCUGGACCCAAAACUCAAAACAUAUUUCCUAAUUUUUGCUCUUUUUUGCUCAUUGUUAUUCUGAACUCUUUUGCUCUCAAAACUGAAUUUUGAUGUUUUAUCUAUCUAAUUUACGUGCAGAUACAUCGUUUCAAAAUUCGUUCGAAUACAAAAAAAUUAUGUACAAUGUAGCCGCAGAACUGUUCAAUGAUUUUUGAAUUUUUCAAUAUUUAGUUGAUAAAUUUUUUAAGGGAAAGACGGCUUUAGAAGGUUUCAAAAGACAUUGGAAGGUUUCAGAAAGCAUUAGGGAGCUUCAGAAAGCAUCAUAAGGCUUUAUAUAGCUUCAUAAGAUUUCAAAAUGCUUCAUAAAAUGAUAAAAAUUUUUGCAGCUUUAUUAUCCACCGUACGAAUAUGAUCCAAAUUAUCUUCCACAAGCUCCACAAUCCUCUUCCAACAAUCAAUUCUAA